CAACAGCGGUGAAGGUGUUUCCAAGAGUGUUCUCCUCAAGCAUUAUCAAACAUGAAGUGGUGGCAGAAUACAGUCACCUUUUUGCAGUACAAGGCUCAGACCAAAGUCUAAAGCCCUACAUGAUCCUUGCUCACUUGGAUGUUGUACCAGCCCCUCCUGAAGGUUGGGACGUGCCACCUUUCUCUGGAGAAGAGCGUGAUGGUUACAUAUAUGGAAGAGGAGCCCUGGACAACAAAUGUUGCGUGAUUGGAGCUCUUCAAGCUCUUGAUUUAUUGCUAAAACGAGGCUACAAACCCAAACGAUCAUUCUAUAUCGGACUCGGACAUGAUGAGGAGGUAUCCGGACACGAAGGAGCCAUGAAAGUUGUAGAGAAACUACAAUCUCGUGGAGUAAAGUUGUUGUUUGUGAUAGAUGAAGGGUUGGCAGUCGUGGAGGGAGUCUUACAAGGAGUCAAAAACCCUGUAGCUCUGAUUGGUAUCACUGAGAAAGGAUCCAUUACUUUGAACUUGACUGUGAACCAACCUCCGGGGCAUUCCUCGAUGCCUCCUGCUGAGACUAGCAUUGGGAUCCUUGCAGCAGCUGUGUCCAGAUUGGAAAAAAAUCCGAUGCCUAACAUGUUUGGCGACGGUCCAGAGGCUCUCAUGUUUGAGCAUUUGGCAGGAGAGUUUGCAUUCCCACUUAAUGUCAUGAUGGCAAACCUGUGGCUCUUCUCUCCUAUCAUCAGUAGAGUGUUAGAGCAGAAACCAUCGAGCAGUGCCAUUGUGCGGACAACUACUGCCAUAACCAUCUUUAAUGCUGGCGUGAAGGAAAAUGUGAUCCCUCACACGGCAAGAGCUACUGUCAACUUCCGACUUCACCCAGCCCAGACAGUUGACGAGGUGUUGGACAUAGUGCGGAACACCAUAAAUGAUGAAAGAGUGGACAUUUCAGUUCUUAACUCAUUUAAUCCUCUGCCUAAUAGCCCACAUGAUGAAUCAAACUUUGGGUACCAGACUUUGCAGAAAACUAUCCAUUCUGUGUUCUCUGCAGCCCCAGUUGCUCCAGGUAUCUGCAUUGGAAAUACAGACAGCCGGCAUUUUGUCAAUCUUACUGACAGUAUCUAUCGUUUUAGCCCUUUCAAAUUGAAAGCUGAAGAUCUGAGCAGGAUCCAUGGGUUAAAUGAACGCAUUUCUGUGGAGGGCUUAGAGCAGCUUACGCAGUUCUACUAUCAACUGAUCCAGAAUGCUGACUUUGAUAAAGUUCCCGUUGCUCAUCGAGCCACCCAUGAGCUAUAAUGAUGAUUAGUCUAGCAGUUAGUAAACAGUCCAGAAUACUUGAAUGGUUGGCGGUAAUAUUGUCCAGAAAACUUGAAUGGUUGGCGGUAUUAUUGUGCAGAAUACUUGAAUGGUUGGCGGUAUUAUUGAGUGGUUAUUUUUGUUAAAUUUAUUUUGAAAAUGUAAUUUGUUGACCAGAAAUAGGGAGUGUUUAAUGAGGUGUCAAUAAACGUGUUUGAAGUGAAGACUACUAAUGACUACUAAGUCUGAGAUGACUGAUGCACUGUGAAAGUACAGCCUUUGCCUGAAAAAUAAGUAUAGAAAUAACUACCUUGUUUUCAGGUUGGUAAGGCGAGUCCUCAAUAUAACUAACUAGUGCUUUUAAUGACAAUUUUACACUAGUGUAAUAUAGCUGCCUGCAGAAGUAGAUUCAGAGCCGAAUGCAGGAUAUGCAAAGCCUUCCCCAAAGAGGUAUAGUAGUACCCUUUUAGGUAUGUUUACAUGGCAAAUUAUCCAUGUGCACUUCGGUACCUAUUCCGUGCCAAAAUCCAUGUGAAAUUCACUUAAUCCUCCUCCAGUUGUUGAUAAACUAUGACUCUUAUGUGAAAUGUGCAGCUCAGGAAUAAAUAUCAUAUCACAACAUGGAGAGGAAACCACAGUGGGUGGCCACAUGCAGAUUAGUGUUGGGCGUGAAUAUUCAAAUUUAGAAUAUAGUGAUAUGUAUUUGUGAAUAUUCUUUAUUUUUUUUAUUUUUUUUCAUCUGAACCCAUGAUCCCUCCCUGCUUCUUUCUUGUGGGCCAAU